AUGGACCAGAGAACCAGGCUGCGCAAGGCUUGUGAUGCCUGCAGUAUUCGAAAGGUGAAAUGUGACACCGGCGGACCGCCCUGUCGGUCGUGCGCAAGCUUGGAUAUCCCCUGUACUUAUGAGCGACCAAGCAGGCGCCGUGGUCCUCCCAACCGUCAUGCAGAAGCGCUGAAACGACAGAAGCUCACGGCGUCACCCGUUGGCUCCCCCACCCCGUCUGAUCAUACAUCGCCAGAAUCGACAGGGCUCUUGAACAGUCAGCCUUUUCCGCCACCAGCAGUUUUCUCUUUGGAAUUGAUAUGUCCGUUGUCUACCAUACGACUCUUGAUCGAUGACUACUUCACCUAUAUCCACCCGCUAAUACCCGUCCCUCAUGAACCGACCUUUCGUGCUGCUCUUGAUCGAAGAGAGGAUGUCACCAACCGUACCUUCCUGGCCCUGGCGGCCUCCAUGAUUGGGACUCUAGUGACGUCGUUUCCACGACGGCCGAGGCUUCAUUUGAAGACCGCAGCCGAAAAGGCAGCGUACCCGCACUCCAUGGCAUUGGUCAAGAGAUGUCGGGACAUAGCUGUCCAAGCAAGAGGCGCGGGGUAUCUCGAACGGAGCCUGACGGUCUACGAUGCAGCCAUCGGCUAUUUUCUGUCUAUUUGUGCUGGCUAUAUGUACAGUAUGCGAACAUGUCGCUCAUAUCUAUCCGAAUGUUUGACGAUGCUGCAUGUGUAUGACUUAUGCGGCCAUAGCACCCGAAUUCGGACGAUGAGUCCACCGAGCCCGGGCUCCUAUUCGUCACGCCUAUCACAGGACCAACCCGGUCAACCGGGAGAAGGACAGCUUGACAUCAUUGAACAGGAACUUGGGCGGCGCUUGUUCUAUGCCGUCUUAGUUGGGUACCGAACGCUGCAGCAGAUGGGGUCGACGGACUCUACUUUUCACAUCCCCCCUGAAACCCCGACCGAGCGGUAUCCCCCCUUACCCCUCGAAAUAGAUGAUGAGUUUAUUUUUCCGACUCAUGUUGAACCUCAACCGGCAGACAGAGUUUCUCGCCUGGUGGGGUUUAACCUUAAUGUCCGCGUAUAUAAUUCAUACAACCAAGUCUCGGCUUGGGAAGUGGCAUUUGGGAGUGGCCAACCUUUUGACUGGGAACGGCAAAGGGCUGCUGUCUGGGAAAGUCUACAGAAGGCCAAAUCCGCCGUUGCUGAUGUACCAAGAGAGCUUUCACUACAAGGUUCGGUCUCGGGUCAGGGUCCUGGCCCGAGUCCGACAGAGGAUGAAAGGCGACACAUCCAAUACGAGAUUCAGAAGGCAAACAUUUACGCAAGCCAGCUAGGGACUCGGUCUUAUCUAGUUGAGAAGUACUGGGCCCUGUAUGCCGCUUGGAAGGCAUACCAGAAGCGGGCUGGACAAGCGACGAAUAUCAGUCCAUCACCGGUCAAGCUCGAGGAAGACCAGCCCAGCGUGCUUGAGGCUGAUGUGGACGCCCAAUCGGAUCAUAUUGGUGCCACGAUGGCGGAAGAGCGUCGAAUUGUGAUUCGGGAUAUGUUGGUGUUGAUCCGAUCUAUCAACGAAAUCAACAUGGAGCCAAACGGGCUUAGCUUUACUGCCAAGGUCCGCCAGGUCGCCUCUACACUUCUUAAUCUUCCCCACCCUAAUAUGGAACCGGCCGAUUCCACCGCUUUGGCCGCGGGGCCACACCCGCUGACUGUGGCUGAGGCAGAGUCUUACCUCCAUGCCUUCAUCGAUACCCUCAUGCGUUUGGAGGGAAUGGCAGUUCCGAGCCCGUCAAUGGCGGCUGCCAGCCCACAGGCGAACGGCCGCUCAAUGAGCUAUCUCAGUGACAUGGAUCGCGACGAAGAGGAACUCCGCAAGUGGGCUAGUGUCAAAGAGUAUCAGGCAAGGUUUGCAGCCGCAGGAGGAUGGCUUUCAGAACUAUGA